GAUACUUGGCGUAAGCACUUUCCUCUAGUGUGCGGUGCCGUUUGGAGCGCUUUUUGUCACGCGUGUCACUUGCAUCUGAUAUUCAACAUGUUGAAUAAUUUUUGCCACGAGUGAUACUUUACUCCAAGUGUGCGGUGAACGAAAGCUUCUAGCUUACAGCUUCAAUCUAAUACGCAUGCGUUGUGUGCACUCUGAUACAAACAUGGCGGCUGCAGCGUGCGAAACGUACGACUCAGACUCAGAUUCAUGCGAAGAAAAUUCAAGCUCGUCCGAAGAUAAUUCAUAUUCAUCCGAAGAUGAAGAGAUAUUGUUACUUCUUCUAUUAUUACGCCGGCGGCGAAGACGACUUAGGGCCAAAAAGCGAAAGAUUUGGACGAGGAAGUGGAUUUUACGUCGUGAGUCUCAAGGGGCAUUCGCCAAUCUUAUUCGUGAGAUCAAUGUAGAAGACCCAGAAAAAUUUAGGCAAUAUCAUAGGGUUGAACGACGUUCGUUCGAGGAGAUUUUAGGUAUAGUGUCGCCACAUAUUGAGAAAAAAGAUACACAACUGCGAGCUUCGAUUAAGCCUUCUGAGCGUUUGUCAGUAACUUUAGGCUUUCUUGCAACAGGAGAAUCUUUCAGAAGCUUGUCCUUCCAGUACCGAAUAGGAGAAAGGACUAUCUCUGGGAUUGUAGAAGACACUUGCAAAGCAUUGUAUGCCAUAUUAAAAGAAGAAUAUUUGAAGACUCCUUGCAAAGAAGAAGAUUGGUUGAAAAUUGUUGGUGACUUUGAAAGCAAGUGGAACUACCCAUGCUGCAUAGGUGCCAUAGAUGGAAAACAUAUUAGUAUCCAGCAACCUACUGCAAGUGGAUCAGAGUUUUUUAAUUACAAACAUUACUUCAGUGUUAUUCUCUUGGCCCUUGUUGAUGCUAAUUACAAGUUCAUUUAUGUGGAUGUUGGAGCAGCAGGUCGUUCUGGGGAUGCUGGAGUAUUCAGAGAUUCUGCAUUGAAAAGGGCAUUAUCAUCCAACAUUUUAAAUCUUCCCUCUCCACAAAAUGUACAAGGGAUAGCAACAAAAAUACAUUGUCACAUUGUUGGCGAUGAUGCAUUUCCCAUGUCAACCAACCUGAUGAAACCUUAUCCUCAUCGUAACUUAGAAAAAGGACAGCGCAUUUUUAACUACAGAUUGUCAAGGGCACGCCGGGUAGUUGAAAAUGCUUUUGGCAUAUUUGCACAUAGAUGGCGAGUGUUUUUAACCACUAUCAAACUGACCCCAGACAAAAUAACCGAUAUUAUAUUAGCUGCCUGUUGCUUGCACAAUUACAUGAUCAACAAGAACAAAGCAACAUAUACCGUAGCAGUUGACCAAGAGAAUGCAGAUCACACAAUAUCACCUGGAACUUAGAGGAAUGACCCAAACUUAACUGACAUGCAGCGUACAUUAGUGCCUAAUACAUCUAGAGGUGCAAAAGUUCAACGUGAACUGCUAACAAUUUAUUUCAACAAUGAUGGAGCAGUGCCAUGGCAAAACCGAAUUGUUGAUAUGUCAUAAAUUUUAGUUACAUAUAAAUAUUUCAAGAGUAUUUAAACCCAAUGAAAAAUGAAUUUAACUGAUUUA